AGCAGCAGAGUCUAGCGGAGUCUAGAGCUACACAUCUUUUUUUUUUGAGCACGACACCAGUCAGAACCGAAAACGAACACGCAAUGCUGAAGUGGACGGCCUCGGCGCAGCGCCUGAACGAGAUUCCCGCGCAGGAUUGCCGCAUUCCGGAUGCCCACCAUCCCAGCCAGUCGAACCAGACCAGGCGGCUCCAGAGGAGACAGCGCCGCCAGCGGAGGGCCACCAUUGCCAACAAGGAGAACGUUCCCGAUUCCGUGGGCUACACCUCCACGCCCGUUCCUGUUUCGCGGCUGCGCAACAGCCCCUUGGUGCUGGCGCCUCUGAGCGACAUCCGCAACGUGACCCCGGAGGCGGUGGCCAGGAGUGGAGGGAGUGGCAGGAGUGCGGCGCCCCAGCGGGUGCAGAGUGUGCGGUACGCCACCACCCUGCCCCGCUUCGCGGAGGACUACUCCCCCAACGGCCUGCCCACCGGCCAGCACUUGGCGCUCAGGGGUUUGGCGCCUCUGGAUCCCUUCCUCGGCCAGCCGCGCUACAUCGCCGGUUCGGGAGCGGCACUGGGCCAGCUGAGGAAGCGCCGGCUGGACGACGACUUCGUGGCCACCCUGCAGAAGGAUGUGGAGGAGCAGAAGGAUGUGGAGAUGGCAAAGGAGACUGAGCCCACUUCGGUUAAGAAGGGUGUGCGGCCCAGUACGCCGCAGCCCGCCUCCACGCAGAUGGGCGACCAGACACUGGACCGCCUCAUCGACGCCAUCCUGGACUCGGCCUGCAAGGCGGACGCCAGCAGCAAGAAGAAGCCCCGCAGAUCCACCUUCAAUCUGCGCCGGCGCACACUGGUCAAGCAGCAGAUGGAGUCCCACUGCCCGCAGGAGGUGCUGUCCCCGUCCUACGCCCCCGGCGACGAUCCCGCGGCGGACUUGAGCUUCGGCCUGGUGCCGCUGCCCAUGCAGCACCCGAUGGCCACCCCGGAACCGGCCUCGCCGCUGGCCAAGAUCCCGCACCACAUGCUUAUCCAGCUGGCCACCCCCGUGGCCCCCAGUCGGGCGCCCUGCGACAACACCUUCUGCCUGGAGACCCCGGUGAAGACGUUGAAGAGGGGCCGCAAGGAGGCCGUCGCCAAGGAGUCGCCCCUCAAGCGCUUCAAGGUCGACGAGCGCAACUACUUCGAGGUGGGACUGGCCCUGCCCUCGUCCAUCUAUGUCUAAGAAGAGGUCCUGCAGCCUUGACAUCCUUGAGUCCCAGGAAGAGGAGGAGAAUCGAGAAGAUCGAGAAGAAAAGAGAGGAGAGCGAGCAACGCUGACAAACGGGGGGAAAACGCUUAACUAUGACGCUUAACUAGUUCCUAAGUCCUCAAAACUAAACCCUGUCCACUUACUGUACAGAAUUCGUAGAUCGUAGCCUAAGCCAAUAUUUAAUCCACUUAUUUAUAACUCCUUUUUUUUGACGCUGCUGUUAUGUAGUUUUUGA